UUGUAACAGGGGCAAGUAGUAACAAGCAUUUUUUUCCUACAAAAAAGAAGAAUAUUCGUUUGAUUUUCAACCUAACCUACUACGUAUUACCCAUUCUAUCGUAUACGCGCGAUCAGUACCCCGCCGGACGGCGCUGGAAGCGGUGUUGUGCAGGCUCUCCGAUAAAGCCAGAAUGAGAAACUAUAAAAGAAAAACUGAACGUGCUUCUCAAAGCCAAGACGUUUACGAAUUAGCGUCUGCUGAAGUCUUGGAAAAUAAAACGAGUGUACGAAAAGCUGCACAACAUUUUAAUUUGUGUCAUGUAUCGCUAUAUAGAUACGUGAAAAAGAAGAAGAGUGACAAAUCUUUAUCAGUAGGCUAUGUCAAACCUAGAUUGGUUUUUAAAGAGGAAGAAGAAGCUAAAAUUUGUGAGUACUUGCUUACUUGUUCCAACAUUUACUUUGGGUUGCUUCCUUUGGAAGUCAGAAAGUUAGCAUACCAGUGUGCUGUUAUGAUUGAAGCAAAAAACGUUCCUCCGUCAUGGAGUGAAAAUGAAUCAGCUGGGCCAGAUUGGUUCAAAAAUUUUAUGGCAAGAAAUCCAAGACUGUCUCUUAGGACCCCUGAAGCUACAUCUCUAAGCCGCGCCACAUCCUUUAAUAAAACCAAUGUUCAAGAUUUUUUUAGAAAACUUACAGAAGUUAUGGAUAGGUAUAAAUUUACACCAUCGCGAAUAUAUAAUAUCGAUGAAACUGGAGUGACUACAGUCCAGAAACCAAAGAAAAUUGUGGCUCCAAAAGGACAAAAACAAGUAGGAGCUAUUACUUCUGCUGAAAGGGGUACCCUUGUAACUCUUGUAUGUGCCAUUAAUGCCUCAGGAAAUUCUGUCCCGCCAAUGUUUGUGUUUCCAAGGCUCAGAUACACUGAUAUUUUUGUAAGAUGUGGACCACCAGAUUGUAUUGGAGCUGGAAAUUCUUCGGGGUGGAUGACGGAAAAAGAAUUUAUUUUAUUUCUGGAUCAUUUCAUUAAGUUUGUCAAGCCGUCGGAGAAUGAACCUGUCCUCCUAUUACUCGACAAUCAUCAUUCACACGUAAACAUCUCAGUGGUGAAAAAAGCAAAAGAAAAUCACAUUAUCAUGCUAUCAUUUCCCCCCCACUGUUCACACAAUCUGCAGCCGUUGGAUGUUGGAGUUUAUGGUCCGUUCAAGAAUUACUUAAGCCGAACACAGACAGCGUGGAUGCAUAACAACCCAGGGAAAACUAUGACCAUAUAUGACAUUCCUGGAAUCGUAAAGGAUUCUUUGCCAUUAGCCAUGAAUCCUUCUAAUAUAAUGAGUGGAUUUAAAGCCACUGGAAUAUGGCCUCUAAAUGCAGAUAUUUUUAAAGAUUCAGAUUUUGCCCCAUCUUAUGUAACGGACCGGCCAAAUCCUGCAAGCAAUGAAUCAGAAACAGAUAUGAACAUUACUGUCUCUAGCUUGACAACAAAUCUCCCUAAUAUAGAUUCAUUCGAUAAUUGUUCCUUAGAUAUAAGUGUCAGUGAAAUCAUAAGUUCCAUGGAAAAUUGUGACCCAGUAACUUCAAAUUUAACUAGAAUUGAUAAUACUUUAUUUACAACAGCUUUACCUGAAGGUCAACCGGAAUUUGAGCCGACUCCUGGACCUUCUGGUCUUCAAAAGCAAAAUGACUUCUCUCCAUCUAAAAUAAGACCUUACCCGAAAGCUCCACCACGAAAACUGACUAACCGCCCUCAACGUAAAAGAAAAUGCUGUGUCCUCACAGACACGCCGGAGAAAGAUGAGUUAGAAAAAGAACACGAAGAAAAGUUAAAUAAGACAAAAAAAUCAGAAGAGACAAAGAAAGGCAAGGGAAAGGGCAAAAGAACGAUGACAAAAGAUCGAAGGGAAAAAGAUAAGAUAAAGAUAGUUAAAAGACAAGAGAUAGAAAAAGUAAAAAAGAAAGUUCUAAAUUCUGAUUCGGAAUCUGAAACCGAGGAAUGGUUUUGUUUAGCUUGUGGGGAAACUUAUGAAAAUUCAAACGAGGAGUGGAUACAAUGCAUCAUGUGCAAGAUGUGGGCACAUGUAAAAUGUGCAACAGGAAAUAAGAUCUCAUUUGUGUGUCUCAAUUGUGAUUCCGAUGAAGACUGAUUUCAUAUUUUACUUACGUCAAUCAAAAGGCUGAUUACUUAAGAAAUUUAGAUAUUGUUUUUAUAAAUGGCUGUAAACCUAAGGUAAGGUUCUUUAUAAUUUAAGAAAGAAAAUAUUUUUGUUAAUUUUUUAGUAUGUUUCUAUAGGAUGAAGAAUAAAACUCUAAGUUUGGUAUAACUAGGGUUUAUAAUGGUAAACACGCUAAAUUAAUCAAAAGUCUGAUUACUGAAGUAGUUAAGAAUAUAAAUGUCAAUCAAAAGGCUGAUUACUUAAGAAAUUUAGAUAUGGUUUUUAUAAAUGGCUGUAAACCUAAAGGUUCUUUAUAGUUUAAGAAAGAACAUAUUUUUGUUAUUUUUUUAUUAUGUUUCUAUAGGAUUUAGAAUAAAACUCUAAGUUUGGUAUGCCUAAGGUUUAUAAUGGUAAACACGCUAAAUUAAUCAAAAGUCUGAUUACUGAAAUAGUUAGAAUAUAAAUGUCAAUCAAAAGGCUGAUUACUUAAGAAAUUUAGAUAUGGUUUUUAUAAAUGGCUGUAAACCUAAAGGUUCUUUAUAGUUUAAGAAAGAACAUAUUUUUGUUAUUUUUUUAUUAUGUUUCUAUAGGAUUUAGAAUAAAACUCUAAGUUUGGUAUGCCUAAGGUUUAUAAUGGUAAACACGCUAAAUUAAUCAAAGUCUGAUUACUGAAGUAGUUAAGAAUAUAAAUGGCUGUAAGCUUAAAAUUCUUUCAUAGCAAAGUUUAAGUAAAGAAAGUACAAUUGUUAUUUGUUUAUUUUUGAUUAUUUUUCUGUUAGAUUAAAAAUAAAACUUUAAAGUCUAAACUUGUUUUAGCGUUUGUUAAAUUUCUUAGGCUAAAUAUGCCAAAUAAAUCUUUGUAAAAUAUAAAA